AUGGGUGGAACAAAGAUAGAGGACGAAAAUAAUGCAUGCUGCCUCUCAAAAGAACUUGAUAUCAACCCUUUGUGGCAGACAGAUGAGACUUCUCGGGAUGAGCUAGUUCAAGAAGCCCUACUUUUAGAAAGCAAAUCUGGAUCUAAGCCUGCCCACAUAGCUCAGCUUCUAGACGAUUCAGAAUGGUACAGGCCAUCUUCGUUCAACGAAAGUACUGUAUCUCCUAGGCCGUAUAAUAAAUCCAAUCAUUCGGCAAUUAGUACGUGCAAAGAAGGCAAAUCGAUUGAGACUCAAGGUUGCCAAACGAAUUUUAAGACAGCUCCUUCCUCGACAAGUUGUAUUUCAAAAACAAAGGGAGCUACGAAGGCUACAAAAAUCUUGACCGAUAAAAGAUCAGCUUCACCAAAGGCUCUGGGUAUGACUAGGGAAAUGAAAGACCUAUGGGCAGGGGCUGCUUGGCAUUUAAGGGAUAAUCCUGAGUACUUUUCUUCCAAGCAUCAAAGGAAGAGGUUAACUCAACCCAACAACCGUUGCAACUUUCACGAUUCUCAAACAUCGCAGGAAACUCAUACAGGUUCGAAGAAAGCUAAGAAGGAAUCUGAGAGACCAAGAAAAGAACAAAUUAAAGCCAAAUCUAAAGAGGUAUGCUUAAAAAUUAAGAAUAACGAGUUACCUCAAGUUGAAACUCAAUUUGAAAGUCCUGACAAACAGCCCACCUUGGAAGAGCCUUCAAAAAGGUUUCAAAACAAGAUUUGGUUCAUUGAAUACGAUCCUCACAAUGAAAGUCAAAGUGUUUUAGUAGGAAACAGGAAGUUUUUCGUAGACGAGAUCUAUGAGAAACAGGAAUCUCCUGUAACUAUCUCUAAUGCCAAAUCUGCAUUUGCUCUAGUGAACGAAACCAAAAACCGAUACUGGAACGAUGAAAAUUUACCCCCAACUGCAGUUUAUUUAUCGAUGCCUGUUUCUUCCUAUAGGGAAAAAUAUCAGCUUAUUUUUCCAAAGGACGAAGAACUAAAUCCUUUCGAAGAAAUUGGUCGAAUGAUGGAGAUUUCCGCAUUGUUUUAUCUCCCCUUGAAGUAUGCCUCCCUUGUUCGCAAUGAAGAUUCCUUUGCGAAUUGCAUCGUUGGACAGUUUAUUAAGGCAUACGAGAGAUCGCAUUACGAGGUCAUCUUGAAGAAAAUUGAAGAGUACAACAUACUCAUUGAUAGUUUACGAAGUUCUGGUGUCAUAUAUGAUCAUAUAAGAGCCCAGACAAAAGUACCCCGGCCUAUGAUUUAUGAGAUUCUUAAUCAAGUUUAUGCCCGCACUGUGUCUCCAAAUUCGAAAAAGCUCCGUCAGUACAAGGCGUUCUCAAAUUAUGUUUAUGGAGAAUUACUUCCAAACUUUUUAACGCAAGCCUUUAAUGAAGUGAAACUUGAUUCAAGUUCCAAGUUCAUAGAUCUAGGUUCUGGUGUCGGAAACUGCGUCUUUCAGGCUGCUCUUGAGUAUGGGUGUGAAAGUUUCGGCUGCGAAAUUAUGGAACAUGCUUCUUUCCUCAGUGAGUUACAGUUGAUUGAGUUCAAAACUAGAUGCGAUAUCUUUGGAAUCAAGCCUGGGAAAGUUGAGUUUUUUCUGAGACAAACCUUUGAAGAUAAUCUACAGGUUUCGGAAGUGGUUUCCAAAUGUGAAGUAAUACUGGUGAACAAUUACCUCUUUGACGCCACUUUGAACUCGAAAGUCAUUUCUCUUUUCCAGUGUCUCAAAGAAAGUAUCGGGACAAAAAUAGUCAGUCUUAAGCCAGUGAUUCCUCUCAACUAUACCAUUCACGAUGACCUUACUUUGACCAAUGUUUUAUCCUUUAUGAAAACUAAGAGAAGUGUCUACAGCGAAAAUAGUGUUUCUUGGACCUGUAAAGGAGGCGUUUACUACCUAACAGAAGUUGUUGCCGAUGUUCCAAUAGAAUUAAUGGGCAGCUCCACGAGGCAAUCUAAGUCACACAAUUGA